CUCUGGUCGACAGAAGAUCAGAUGGAACAGCAGAAGGAAUCUGCUUCAGACAGGGAAUAUGCAUCGUCCCCCGCCCGCCUGAAGACACGCGAUGGCAUCGUCCUGAUGCCUCAGCCAUCAGAUGAUCCCAAUGAUCCUCUGAACUGGUCAUCUUUUCGGAAGCACAUGGCUAUGGCUACACUCUCCUACCUCGCAUUCGUGUGCUACAUGUCCGUCACAGCUAUCAUCCCGGGCACGCUCGACCUUGCAAGGACAUUUUCCGUCACCAAGAGCACUGCAGUAUAUAUAGGAAACACCCCGGUCGCGUUGUAUGCCGUCGGUCCCUUUCUAUGGAGUCCUUUAAGUCAUUUCAUAGGCCGCAGACCAGUCUUGUUGCUCAGUAACUUGAUUGUGAUCGUGGGUACGAUAGUGGCGGCUUCAGCUAAGACCUACGCGGCAUGUAUGGUGGGACGUAUCAUCCAAGGGCUUGGCGGCUCUGCCUUCUGGUGCUUGGGACCGGCUAGUAUUGCAGAUAUAUUCUUCCGCCACGAGAAGGGAAAGAAGAUUGGCAUGUCUACGCUUGCUAUUGUCGUUGCCCCAUUCGCAGGUGGUAUCAUAGGCGGUGCAAUUAUUAACAACGCCUCGCUCGGCUGGCGCUGGUCUCAAUGGAUUUCUCUCAUCCUCAUCGGAGCCGGAUUCCUUGCACAGAUCGUGUUCGUGCCAGAGACAAUCUACAUCCGCGAUAAUACCCCUUCCGGCUUCGGGGAAUCGACUAAAACCCCUUUCAAGACUACCUUGUGGUCCCGAUACGGCAUCCACAUUCCCAAACGGGCGGCAGAUAAGCAGCACAGCUUCCUCUUUAUAUCUACACGACCGUUCAUUAUGUUCAAGUUCCCCGCCGUCGUGCUGGCCUCCUUCUGGUUUGGGGUAGCAUACAUGCUGCAUGUAGGGAUCACAUCUGAAAUACCACUCAUAUUUCAGCCGCCACCUUACAACUUCUCAGUCCUUGAUGUUGGGCUUUCAGCGUUCUCUGGCUUGAUUGGAGCGUUGCUUGGCGAGGCAUAUGCUGGACCCGCUAUCGACUUCAUCGCAAGAAGGGCUAUCAAGCAAGACAAAGAGUGGAGACCUGAGAUGCGACUGAAGGCUAUCUGGCCAGCUUUGGUUGCAGCUCCUAGUGGUCUUCUCAUUUUUGGUAUCACUAUCCAGUUUGGGAAGGCUUGGAUUGCGCCGCUCAUUGGACAGGCCGUAUAUAUCUUCGGUAUUGAGAUCGCUACUACGGUUAUACAAACUUAUCUUCUCGAGUCUUACCCUCGACAGGGAGCUGAGGCGAGUCUGAUAUUCAACUUUAGUCGCAAUAUACUCUCUUACACGACUCCUUUCUUCAUAAUGAAUAUGAUCGGCAAGAUCGGAGGUAGUGCCACCUUCGGGAUCUUCGCUGCUUUGAUUGUUUUUUUCUUCCCUCUAACCAUUGGUAUUCUGAUGUGGCGGGGAAUGGAAAUCCGUGAGCGCAGUGGGGAUCCAGGGUGGAGCAGAGACUAGAUGGGGCAGUGCACCUAUUAAAAGUUAUUAGAAAGAGAAUCCAAAGAACUUUUAAAUGAUGGCCCUCCCAGAGAGCCGUCCGGGGAUCCACG